GGCAGGAACCAGCAAAACCAAUUUACCUUGCAGAAGUUCAUCCACAGCAAAAUGCAUCUAAAGAGUCUUGUUGCAGUAUGUGUGCUGGGAUUUUUUAUGAUGACCGAGGUUGUGGAAGGCCUACAUGUAGAACCGCAUAUGCCAAGUGAGAGAUGUCAUUGCCGUAAACUAACAACAACCCCUAUAAACAGAAAUAUGAUUAAGAAGCUUGAAAUCAUUCCAAAAAGAUCUUAUUGUACAAAGGUGGAAAUUAUAAUAACACUAAAGAAUGACAAGCAACUAUGUGUUGAUCCAAAAGCAAGGUGGUUUUCGGCUCUUCUACCCAAGCUGUACCAGGUUGUGAAACAGAAGCAGGGGAAGCAAGAAAGUGGACAAACUACCAUGCAAACUCCAUAUUCAAACUACAAUGUGUGAUCACUGCUUACAGUGAGGUGUAGGGCAAACUCUUCAAGUGCACAGUCAUGUAUAAAAGCGUAAAAAAAAUAUUGCCAUCACUCUGCUCUUACUCGUAGCAACCUACUGUAUGAGUAGUGGUUAUAUAGUCCAAAUAGUGUAAGCAAGGCCACAAGUAUUUGGUUUUAAAUGAAGAUGAAACAAACAUGGUCAUUUUAUUCAGGUGGAGUCCUUUCUGCUUUUAUUCAAACUUUAUAUGAAAACUGCAUUUAAAUGUAUUUAAUGCUCCAACAAAAAAGAAAUGUUUUUACCAAAAAUUGUUUAAUACAAUAAUUUAUUUCUGGGUAAAUGUAGAUGUAGCACUAAAAGGAAUAAACCUUCCAACUUUUUAAGAUGGGAAAGAGGGCCACAUUUCAGUGCAAAGUAUGUAGGCAAAGGACACACCUGUGCCAUGCCCCUGUGAUAAAUUAUUAUGCAAAAAGGGCUUUUUUUUCCACUCCAUUUUCUUUUUACUGUUUUUUUCAAAUUAAAAAUAUAGAUUAAGCUUUUCAUCCAACCUUUAAACUAUUAUAACACUUAUAACACUAGAAGCAACAGGGUAAACGCAAAAUGUUUAAAGACUAGCAAAAUCAGGCUAUAUUUAAAUCAAAUAAAUGUGAAUUUAAUGAGAUACUGUGAAUGUACAUCUUAUACAGAAUUAAAAAAACAAUGUAUCUUGAUAGGAUUGAAUUUCAAAUUAGUUAAAAGAAAAUGUAUGUUCUCAGAAGCUGCUAAUCUGCUAGCUUCAUUCGUAAAGUGUAAGGUCAGUAAUUAGAGUAUGUCAGGGCUCAAUGAGCAGUUACACAAGAGCCAUUGCAUAACAUGCCUUAUUAGCAGCUCCAAGUAAAAAGCUGAAAGGGACUGUAAAUAUAGUAACAGCACAGACAUGCUGCUCUAAAGUUGCAAGAUCAAGAUUACUUAUUACAUAAUCAGUUUAGGAGGCAAUUGAUUUCACAGCGUUCUAGUUAUAUGAACAUACUAAGGUUGGGGCGUGUGUUUAUUUCAGGGGAAUUGUCAGAAAUUAUUAUAAAUAGUUUUGUAUAUGGUUUUGUACUAGUUAGUGUUUUUUUUCAGAUGUACUAAUACACUAUAUGAUUUUUAACAUUUAGACCUAACUGAUUAACUGAAUGAGUACUUUCAAAAAUUAUGAUUUUGUAAUAAUGGCAUUUGUGUGUGGUUCUCAAAACAACACUUUUCUCUCACUCUGCACAAUCUGAAAGUCCAUCUCUGACUCCUCCGGCCUUCUAUACCAAUGCCAUAAACAUGCUUGCUGGGCUGUUGGUCUUCAGCAAUACAGCAGUGAUGUGUUAUACUUAUUAAAGAACAUGAUGCACUUGAUAGUGUUUGACAGAUGCAUGUGCAUACCUGCCUUGGCCCUGUAUGUGCACACAAAUUCAUUAAAGUCAAGCACCCUUUCCUAUGGUUUUAUCUUGUUUCUGAUUAAAUGUCUCCUCAUUCCACAAAAUCAGAUGAGAAGGGGUUUUAGAUCUUUUAAAUAAAAUUAGUUUUACAAUGUUUUAGUUCAGUUUGGAUUUUUUUUCUUUAAUUUGCAGUGCAUCAGAGGGAAUGUUGACAAACCCUAUAAUGUUAAUUAAUCUGUGUUAUUAUUCCUGUCUACUUUUGUCACUACAUGCUUACAUUUAUCUGAUAUAUUUGUGAUUGUGAAUACCUGAAAAAUAUAUCUAUAUGCAAUCAAGGAGCAGCAUAGUUAAUUUUAUUGUCUGUUGAUAUAUUUAUAAGUAGACAAUAGUCUACUGAUAGCAUAUAAUUAUAGUGUACUUACCACAAUCUUAAACCAAGCACUCUUUUAGACACCCUAAGCCUGCAAAUGAAAUGUUCUGACAUUGAUAACUUACCUUUGUAAUGUUACAAAAAUAAAAUCUUUUAAAACUGA